UGACUACCCGUGAAUGCAUCCUCCGCGAACCUGUGACAAGCGUUGAGAUUGGGCUCGUAGCAACUGGGAGACCGGCGGCGGGCGAUGUGCGAUGGGUCGAAGUAGCCGCAGCGGCGAUGGGGAGCGAGAAGAAGGAGAGGAAGCGGGAAGGAUUCGCUCGGCGGAGAGUAAACGCAAACAGUUUGGCGGUGGGUAAUGCGACUGUUUCUCAGAAGUUGGUGGUUUUGUUGGGCAGCGGGUGCAGAGGUACUUUGAGUCUGCGGGAUGCCGUAGUGGAGCCGAGGAACAGAGAAGGACCUCGAAUGGCAAGGUUUCUCAGCGACAAGGCGAUCAGGCACAGUUGGCGAUGCUCGGCGAUGGCCAGGAGGAGGCUCGGAAGUAGUGAAGAGAACGAUGACGAGUUGGGUGCUGGGCGUGUGGGAGGUUGGGGUGGAUGGGGAUUUUGCUUGGAAAUUGCUUUCUUUGCGGUCCCGCCGGACUUUCGCUACGCCAUGACUGCGGGAGAUGUGGAUUGCUGCCAAAGCAACACGACCCAGAACCUCAAAGAGCUACAUACUAAACAAAAAGACCUCUGCAAACGCCGAGAGCCGCCGCGCUCAGCACAGUUACAGUGCCGUCAUCCUCGGGAGCAUCUGAUAAAGAAGUGUUCCAACAAGUGCCGCCAACUUCUGUCGCUGCGGGCCCGCGGACCGAGUUAUCACAAUAUGGUGUACUGUAUAGGUAAGCCAACUUGGCCAGCCCCAACGUGUGACACUUCUCGCCGGCAGAGCUCGGGUCCGCUGCCAUCGGGAUAGCACCGAGUAUGGUGGCACAGCUACUGUGUAUUUGAUAAUCGCGAAGUCAACAUUGGCCCUGGCCCAAGUGGAUUUGUCAAACGCCCCCAGAAACCUUCAAAGCACCCUCAACCUCGCCCAGGCACCGUACAUCAUACAAACUGUUGAAUCUUGAUAGUGGUCUCCUGCUACCUGACUAGUCGUCCGAGUCCGGCCGCUUCCUCAAAUUCUCUAUCCCGUAGAGAAUGGCUCCGAGUGCCUUCUCACUCCCUGUCGUUGAUGUCAUCAACGAAGCCUCUUUGUCAGCAUGGCCGCCGCUUUGACUGAUGCGCUCAAAUGCCCGACCUGUUUCAGCGUCUUGUUCCCACUGUCCGCCGGGCCGGUACGAGAAAUACUCAAGACGGGACGUAGCCUACGGAGCAGCAAUUAGUUCACAGAUGCCGAUAUCGAGUCUCCUGC